AUGUCAGGUUUACCAUAUCUCCAGAAACUGCGCAAAAGCGAUCUUACCGAGUUCGCCGAGGCCAGCAAGCUGCCCGACUAUGCUCAUUUGAAGAAGGCCGAGCUCGAGCUCGCCCUCGACAAACACUUGCGCACCAAUUCCACCACAUACAGCAAAGACCCCUCCCUGAGCGAAUAUUACAAGCGUUUGGCUAGCAGCUCGCGAUCGCCAACCAAGAGAACCGCAGCUGAGAAAGUCUCGGAACAUGUCAAGUCGGACGACGAUGCUCCCGCUCCUGUAAAGAAACCGCGACGGAAGACAACCUCGACCACUCAAGAGGGGGAGGAAUCACAAACAACCGUCAAUGCGCUUGUCAAAACCCCGGCCAAAGAGGUGGCGCGUCGGACCUCGAUUCUGGCUUCCCAGAUUCCCAUACCACCCUCGCCGGCCGUCGUCACGGAUGCCAUUGAUCAACAAACGCGUCGCAUUCGGACUUCCAUCUCUCAUGCUUAUGAGCAAACCCAGCUUCAUGAAUAUGCCGAUGCCACGCGCGAUAUUCUGUCCUCACCCGUGACCAUCAUCGUGCUGGCCAUACUUCUAGAGGCUUAUGGUCUUCGCGCGCAAAUUUUACCCAACAAGCUGUUGACUGAAAUUCCCGCCAUUCCCUACAUUAAGUCGACCAAGACGCCAAUCAUGGUUCCAGACCUGUUUCUGUUGUUGGAGUCCAGGUUCUGGUCACCCUUCUCACUGUGGACGCUAACCUCGUUGAUUCUGCCGGCCACCAUCUCGUACUUUAUCAACCUGCCGCUCAAGGCCCAUCCCAGCCACAGCUAUUCGACGCGCCAAGCCGCCCUCCAGGCAAAUGCGCAAAUGCAAUUUGAUCCGUUCGUUUUCAGUCUUGCCAAAGGGUUGAUCGUGUACCUGGUGUACGCCUAUCACUAUACUCUGGGCGGGCUCUACAAUCACUUUACCAUUGCGACCGUCAACGAGAGCAUUCCAGGCGGGCAUUUUGCAAUGAUGGUCAGUUCGGGCCUUGGAGCUGCUGUGAGCUUGUAUGAAGCUGUAUUGAAGAGGUAG